GGCGGGUCGCCUUCAACCCCAGGUUCUCUUCUACGAGGCUGUUUGUCAUUAACACUGCUUUACGUUGUUGGUCAUUUGUCUGCGUAUGUUGCUCAGGCAUCCUCAGUUUAUCACGCGUAGGAGUUGUCGUUUAUCGAUGGGGGUUGUCCCUCCACGACUUGGUUAGGCUAGGGUCCCAGCGCCUCGUCAACGAGCCGCGAGGCGAGAGUUGCGAGACCAUUUAAGGGAGCAGUUGCUGGUUCUUCAUCGCAUUAAGUGGGGCACUGGCAGAUGGAGAGUUGGAAUGGUAGGCCCCGUGAGCCUGUCUGACGGAUCAUCGUACGCGUUCGACACUUAGAAGAGACGACCGUGUUCGACUGCCAUGUGUCACCCGCUCAACAACUGGGUCACGUGUGGGUCCCGAUGCCUCACCGACGAGCCGCGAGGUGAGACCACGAAGCCUAUCCGAUUUUUAUGGGAGCAGCUUGAUGGAGAGUAGGGGCCUUGCUCCACUACUCUCGGCAUGCACAAAAGACAAAAAUCAUGGCCGCGGUGUAUCUUUCCACGUUCUAAGGCAAGAUUCACUCUCGUUUUGCAUUUGUCGAGAGCAGCGGAGCGUAGGCCCUAGGAAUGGAAGGCCCUGUGAGCGUGUCCGAUGUAUCAUUCAACACCUAGACGACUGUGAUCGAGUGCUAUGUGUCCCCCAGCAACUGGGUCUGGUUUGGGUCCCAAUGAGGCAGACGACUGUGGUCGACUGCCAUGUGUCCCUCAGCGACUGGGUCAGGUCUGGGUCCCGAUGCCCCUCAUCGACGAGCCACAAGGCAAGACCACGAAGCCUGUCCCAGUUUCAUGGGAGCAGUUGCCAGUGGCAGAUGGAGUGUAGGAGUGGUAGGCGGGUCCCGUGAGCGUGGCCGGCGGAUCAUCGUACUCGUUCAGCACCUAGACGACCUGGGUCCCGAUGCCCCUCAUCGACGAGCCACAAGGCAAGACCACGAAGCCUGUCCCAUUUUUUAUGGGAGCAGUUGCCAGUGGCAGAUGGAGUGUAGGAGUGGUAGGCAGGUCCCGUGAGCGUGUCCGGCGGAUCAUCGUACUCGUUCAGCGCACCUAGACGACCUUGCUCGACUGCCAUUUGUCACACUCUCAGCAUGUGGGUGGGUAUAGUGGUGCUGCCAGCUGUCAUUGUGAUUUCAGAAACAAUGACCAAAUGGGGACCACCUGGCAAGAAUGAGUUGGAGGGGAGCAAGAAAGCGGUGAAUGAUGGAGGGAAUGGCGGCAAAAAAGAGUGAAAGGAGGCAGUCACUGUGAUCAGUGUGAUGUGAGUGUUCAUUUGGACUCGGGCAUCCGUGAUUUCCCCCGAUUCCCCCCCCCGCCCCCCUUUCCCCCCUCUCCCCUCCCUUCUUUGUUGUGUCUAUUCAUUUGAGUGGUGAUCAAAUCUUGUGUUUCUUCUAUGCGUGUUCCUUUUUUGAAUUUUUUUUCGCUCUUCCCCGCGCCCCUUCCCCCUUCCCUUCUUUGCGUCUAUUCUUUUGAGUGGUGAUCAAUCUUAUCUUCAAUGUGUGUUCCUCUUUUUCACUCGUCUUCCCCCCCCCGCCCAACCCCUUGUGUAUGCAUGGCCUUGCGAACAACAAACUCAGGCUUCCAAG